AUGGAGGUUUUUCAACCAAUUACGCGUCCUGCAGAAUAUAUAGGGUCGUUCCUUGUCUCAGGCAAAGGACAUCAUGAACGUGCGGAGAUUGUCCGUCAGAAGUUGGAGGCUGCUCGUAAAUAUACCCAUAGCAAACCAAUCACGUUACUCAUAUCGCUAAGCGGAGUUAAAGUCUGCCAUGAAAACAAUGAGCGAGUUUAUAUGGCUCAUGCACUUCGUCGUAUAUCGUAUGCCACAUGUGACCCAGACAAUUUUCAGUUUGCUUUCCUUGCUAGGGAACCAAAAGCUCAACCAAACAUUCAGUACUGUCAUGCGUUUGUCACAGCAACACCUGAAGCGGCAGAAGAACUUAAUACAAUAAUGGGGGAAGCUUUUCGUUUGGCAUAUGCUCAACAACGCCUUAAUGCAGCCUCUAAUAAUCCGAAUUUGUUUCAACCAUCCAAUAUAAGUUCAUCAUUAUUUCAGACGCAGCAAACUCCUGUAAAUGUCACUCGUUCCGUUUCCACAGGUCAAAAUGUCCCGGUCAACCUCAACUCUCCAAAUCAAGGUGUACAAACUGUCAAUACAAAUCCCAGCAAUGAUAGUCAAAUAAUCAUGUCCAAUAAACCUUUACCGCCUUUACCAGAAUCUGAACAAUGUGUAGCUGCAUGUGAUGAGGAGAACAUUCAGUCGAAUGUUGGCAACGUCACUGAUAAACAACGAGGAAAUAAAGCUCACAAACAUAAACACCACAAGCAUCAUCAUCGUCAUAAAUUACGGGAUGCGACAACAAGCACAAGUGAACAAGCUGUUGGAGUUGGUGAUUCUGUUGAGGCAGUAGUACAAAAAAACAGUGAAAUGGAAAGGUUUGUAGAAAAGAAUGAUCAGUUGAAACCACCACCUCCUCCUCCGCGUAGUCAAUCAUCUGUGACACCAUCUGGUCAAGGUCAAGUUUUAAACACUGCAUCAUGCACUGUAAAUCACAUGAACCAGGAUGUUGAUUCAGGGAAUUCAGGUGUUAAACGCAAUGAAACUGUUGCGAACAAAAGUGUAGAGAAUGUUAACGAUGCUCCACCAUUGAGACCUAAGUCUGUGAAUACUCAAUUAUCACAACAUUUUUAUGAUAUGGCUGAUCAUCGAAGUUGUGGCGGUAUUUCAUUCGACAAAGAAACUCUUACCACCAAUGAUGAAAAAGACAUUCAAGAAUGUAAUCCUGAAUUCACUACGGAUAGUGUUCUUGCCAAUACGUCUACAGCGACAACAACAUCUUCAUCAACUACUGGCUGUUCAACUGCAACAUCUGGCUCAGGUUGUUUAGGCUCAGGUUCUGAUAACAGUUUACCAGCUGGUAAGCGUUGUACUUGCGUUCCAGGUUGCUCCAAUUGUGAACAUGCCUGUGUAACGACGGUCAAUAAUAAUAAUGCAAAUCCUGGAAAUAACAAUAAUAAUAACAGCAACAACAAACUGUUGAAACCCAAUGAUCAUCAUUUACCUGUUCCUCCUACAUCUCCAUGCUCUACUCCAAACUUUUCUUCACGAAAUAUUGUAGAUGAUGUCAAUGAAUUGUCUCAUGCACCUUGGUAUCUUCCAAAUCUACCACGUGAUAAAGCUUUGGAAAUGCUUGCCAAACAACCCCCUGGCAGCUUUGUUGUACGAGAUAGCGGAAGUCAUCCAAAUAGUUAUGCCUUGUCAGUACGGUCCAGUAGUGAUCAUUCAGUCGGUAGUUGCUUCCAUUCCAGACAAUCACAGGUUCCAAUAAGUCGAAUGAAAGAUGGGCUUCCUUCAUUGGGAUCAGUCUAUCCAUCUUCUGCCAGUGGAAUAACUCAUUUUCUGAUUCAAAAGACACCAGGAGGUGGUGUCAAGCUUAAAGGUUUAGACAAAGAAUGGCCAUCUCUUGCUUGUCUCGUACUACAUCUAACUGUGAUGCCUGAAAUGCUUCCUUGUCCACUAAGACUGCCAAGAGCAACUGCCAAUCCCACCUUUUCACCUGUUGAUCAUUGUGGUAAUACAGAUUUCGAAAAGCCUCCAAAUGUUACACCAUCACAUUUUCGUCCAAUGGGUGGUAAUAAUGCUUUACACCGUGGGACAGAUACAAUUUCCCUCGAUGAAGCUUUAGCUCGUAUGACAGAUGAGGAUGAAGAUUAUCAAAGAUUGUCUGAUUUCUCUUCCAUUAUGGCUGAUUUGAAACUGCAGCCUAGAAAUAUGAUUAGAAAACAGAAAAAUUCAUCUUCUAAAUCCGGUGGUCGAGCUAGGUAGAUAGAUAUUUUCAGCCUUUUGUUCAACAAACUUCACAACUGAUUAUCCCAAUAUAUCUGUCACUUCUGAUACAAUCACCCCGGUAAUGAAAUUUAUUUACUUAUUUAUAUAUUUAUUUACAAUGAAAGGAAUUAAUUUCUGCUUUUAUUUAUUUUAUCACUUUUUGUAAAGUUUAUCAUUAUUUCUAGCAUUGUAUUCUUCAUUGCAAUACACACAGACACACACACUACCUCUUUCUCUCCUCCCCCCUUUCUCUUUCUCUCUCUUUCUCGUUACAAACAUAGUUGAAGUGUAUUCACAAUGAAAUCUAGUCAAAGUUUCACACUAACACUCUCUUAGUCUGUUUGUCUGUCUGUUUCAUCUCUUCAUUAUUGAAUGCAUAAUGAUGAUGAUGAUAUAUUAUGGGUUCAUAUAAACCCUAAUCUAUAAACAACAUCCUAUAUAAUAAAUAAUAAUAUUUCCUUUUUGUAUAAAUUUAUUAUUAUUACUAUUACUUUUUCUUCUUGUUGUAUCUUGUGUAUAAUUUCUUUUAUUUCAUUGUAAAAUCUUUUCACUUGUUUGUUUUUAUCUUUGAAUUGGUGUUCUAUUGUCAUUAUCUCCUGUUGUUGCCGCUGCUGCUGCUGCUAUUGUUCUGUUUUUUGUUUGUUUUGUUUUUUAAUUCUUUUAUUUUCACCAUUCUAAUUUGUCUUUACUUCAUUAUCAUGUGCGUCGGUGGUGGUGGCACAGUGGUAGAAUGCUUGCCAGCCACGCCUCGCGUGCUCCGGGG